CAGUGAGGAUCCUCUUCUUGGACUUCUCGAGUGCCUUCAACACCAUCCAGCCCCUGUUGCUUCAGGACAAACUGAACAGGAUGCGAGUGGACCCCUGCCUGGUCACUCGGAUCUCCAGCUACCUCACUGACAGGCCGCAGUACGUCAGGCUGAAGGACAUCACGUCUGACACUGUGAUUAGCAGCACCAGAGCAACCCAGGGCACGGUGCUGGCCCCUCUUCUCUUCACCCUGUACACCGCAGACUUCUGCUACAAUUCAGAGCUGUGUCACAUUCAGAAGUUUGCCGAUGACACAGCCAUCAUUGGGUGUAUCAGUGAUGACAGAGAGGAGGAGUAUAGGAGCCUGGUGAGGGACUUUGCUGUGUGGUGCAACAGGAACCAUCUGCAGCUCAACACCUUGAAGACCAAGGAGCUGGUCAUUGACUUUGGGAGGUCCAGACCAAGGUCAUGACCAGUUCUGAUCGACGGAGUUGAGGUGGAGGCUGUGGAUUCCUACAAGUACCUCGGGCUGUGGCUGGACAGCAAGCUGGACUGGACUUGCAACACCAAACACUUAUACAGGAAAGGACAGAGCAGACUAUACUUCCUUAGGAGGCUGCGGUCCUUUAACAUCUGCAGGAAACUCCUGUGGAUGUUCUAUCAGUCUGUGGUCGCCAGUGUCCUGUUUUACACCGUGGUGUGCUGGGGGGGCAGCACAUCCAAGAAGGACACAUCCAGGCUGGACAAACUGAUCAGGUGGGCCGGCUCUGUGGUCAGCAUGAAGCUGGACUCUCUGGUGACGGUGGAAGAGAAGAGGUCUAUGGACAAACUAUUGAACAUCAUGGAUGAUGCCAGUCACCCUCUGCAGACCGUCAUCAGCAACCAGACAAGCCUGUUCAGUGACAGAAUGCUCCUUCCCAAGUGCAGGAUGAACAGACUCAAAAACUCCUUUGUCCCUCACGCCAUCAGACUGUACAACUCCUCUCUGGGGGGAGGAGGGGUAACAGGAGGACAGAGGAUGCAUAGAACCAACUUCACCUGUAUCGAGCUGUGUGUCAAUGAAAAGUAACUGUUCAAUGGACCGUCCAAUAAAGUUUCAGGAAGAAUCACGCAUUCCCAGUGUAGAACCAACUUCACCUGUAUCGAGCUGCGUGUCAAUGAAAAGUAACUAUUCAAUGGACCCUCCACUGAAGUUUCAGGAAGAAUCAAGCAUUCCCAGUGGAGAACCAACUUCACCUGUAUCGAGCUGUGUGUCAAUGAAAAGUAACUAUUCAAUGGACCCUCCACUGAAGUUUCAGGAAGAAUCAAGCAUUCCCAGCAUAGAACCAACUUCACCUGUAUCGAGCUGUGUGUCAAUGAAAAGUAACUGUUCAAUGGACCGUCCAAUAAAGUUUCAGGAAGAAUCAAGCAUUCCCAGUGUAGAACCAACUUCACCCGUAUCGAGCUGCAUGUCAAUGAAAAGUAACUAUUCAAUGGACCCUCCACUGAAGUUUCAGGAAGAAUCAAGCAUUCCCAGUGGAGAACCAACUUCACCUGUAUUGAGCUGUGUGUCAAUGAAAAGUAACUAUUCAAUGGACCCUCCAAUGAAGUUUCAGGAAGAAUCAAGCAUUCCCAGCAUAGAACCAACUUCACCUGUAUCGAGCUGUGUGUCAAUGAAAAGUAACUGUUCAAUGGACCGUCCAAUAAAGUUUCAGGAAGAAUCAAGCAUUCCCAGCAUAGAACCAACUUUACCUGUAUCGAGCUGUGUGUCAAUGAAAAGUAACUGUUCAAUGGACCCUCCAAUGAAGUUUCAGGAAGAAUCAUCAAGCAUUCCCAGGUUAAAUCCAAAUUUGCCUGUACCGAGCUGUCUGUCAAUGAAAAGCGACAGAUCAAUGGACCCUCCACAUAAGUUUCAAAGAGAGACCUCAAAAAUGCCCCGGCCGAUCCAGCAAGCGAGAUCACACACAUCAGCACCCAGCUGUGCGUCUCUCAAAAGUGACUCGUCCAUGGAGCGACCAAGCUCUUUGAACAGAUCUUCUGGGUGCUCAACAUUACUUGACAAAGAAUUAUGCAUGACCUUAAAAUCCAUUCUCAUGAGUCGAUCCCAGCGGUUAUCUGAACUACAAGGAUAUGGAGCUUCAACACUUCUCAAUGACAUCUACACAGAGCUUUACGUUACAGAGGGAGAAAGUGGAGAAGUGAAUAAUGAACAUGAGGUGAGACAGAUUGAAACAGCAUCAAGGAUUCACCCGUCAACAGAUGACAAGCCGAUCAAAUGCAAUGACAUCUUCAAACCCUUACAAGGACAAGAUACACUCAUUAGGACUGUGCUGACAAAGGGAAUUGCUGGAAUUGGAAAAACAGUCUCUGUGCAGAAAUUCAUUCUGGACUGGGCUGAAGGUACAGCAAAUCAGGAUAUCCACUUCAUAUUCCCACUUCCCUUCAGGGAGCUAAACUUGAUGAAGGACCAGUGCUUCAGUCUGGAGGGUCUGGUUCACCAUUUCUUUCCACCGCUCAAACAAAUAAAGUUUACCAAUGUUACCACACACAACACUGUAUUCAUUUUUGAUGGUCUGGAUGAACAUCGUUUACCCCUGGAUUUUCAAAACAGUAUGGUUGUAAGUGAAGCAACUAUCACAACCUCAGUUGCUGUUUUACUGACAAACCUCAUCAAAGGGAAUCUUCUUCGUUCUGCACUCAUUUGGAUAACCUCCAGACCAGCAGCAGCUAGUCAAAUUCCUCAUGAAUGGAUUAGUCAGGUCACUGAGAUCCGAGGAUUUAAUAACCCUCAAAAGGAAGAGUUCUUAAGGAAGAACAUCCACGACAAAAGCCUGGUCAAUGAAGUCAUCAAACAUCUGGUAGUGUCAAGGAGCCUCUACAUAAUGUGCCACGUACCAGUGUUUUGUUGGAUUUCAGCAACUGUUCUGGAGAAGAUGUUAAAAGAAGCAGAAGGUAAAGCAAUCCCAAAGACUCUGACUCAAAUGUACACACACUUCCUCAUAAUCCAGACUCGGAUUAGAAGGGACAAGUAUCAUGAGGGUCAAGAGAGAAAUGAUGGCGAGAUGAUUAUUAAACUAGGAGCGCUCGCCUUCAGACAGUUGCUCAAAGGCAAUUUGAUCUUCUAUGAGGAAGACCUGAAAGAGUGCGGCAUCAAUGUCAAGGAUGCAGUCCAGUACUCAGGAGUUUGCACACAAAUCUUCAGAGAGGAAUCUGAGCUUUUCCAUAGUCAAGGAAAGGUCUUCUGCUUUGUACACUUAAGCAUCCAAGAGCAUCUUGCAGGUUUGUAUGUGCAUAUAGCCUUCAACAAAGGGAAAAAUACUGUGCUUAACCAGUGGAAUCCGACAAAGUGUGCCAUUACAUUUCCAUGUUCGUCCCUCGCUGACCUUCACAAGAGUGCUGUAGACAAAGCCUUGCAAAGUAAAAGUGGGGAGUUUGACCUGUUCCUCCGCUUCCUUCUUGGCAUCUCUCAGGAAAGCAACCAGGCUCUACUGCAAGAGCUGCUGCCAGAGAUAUCACCAUGCAGUUCCCAAAGUGUUCAAGAAACAAUCGAGUACAUCAAGAUCCGGCUCAGGAUGAACCUUAAUCCAGAGAAGUACAUCAACCUGUUUCACUGCCUAAAUGAACUCAAUGACCUUUCUCUAGUGGAAGAAAUACAAAACUUCCAGGAAUCCAGGCGCCUUGCAAAGACCAAGCUGUCUCCUUCACAGUGGCGUGCCCUGGUGUUUGUGUUGCUGACUUCAGGAAAUCCUCUAGACGUCUUUGACCUGAGGAAAUACACCAUGGACAAUACAGAUGAAUGUCUUCAGAGAAUGCUGCCUGUUGUGAUGGCAUCCAGAACAGCUGAAGUCAGAAACUGUAACCUCUCAGACAAAGGCUAUAAAGCGCUGACCUCAGCCCUCAGUUCAAAGUCUUUAAGCCUUAGAGAACUGAAACUCAAUGGUAAUGAUCUGCAUCAGUCUGGCAUAAAGAUUCUUUCUGAAGGUCUUCAAAGUCCACACUGUAAACUGGAAAUUCUGGAGUUGUCAGAUUGUACUAUUCAAGCACAAGAUUGCAAGUUCCUUUUCUCAGGCCUCAAUUUAAACCUUUCACAUCUGAGAGAGCUUGACCUGAGCUUCAAUCCCAUUGGCACAUUAGGAAUAUCUCUCCUCUCUGACACUCUGCAGAAACCACAAUGUAGGCUGAAGACAUUAAAGCUUUGUAGCUGUCACCAAAAGAGCCGAGACUGGGCACACUUGGCUGCAGCGCUGAAAAAUAACUCCAGCUUGAUUGAAUUGGAUUUGAGUAAAAAUCUUCUGGCAUACUACGGAGCAGAAGAUCUCUCUAAUGGCCUGAGGAAUCCUUCCUGUAAACUGAGUGUUCUAAGCCUAGCAGACUGUGGCAUCAACAGUGACGGCUGCCGCUCACUGUGUAACGCUCUGAGUUCCAACCCCUCUCACCUGAGGGAGCUGUGUCUGAACAGGAAUCUGCUUACGGACCGUGGCAUACAGCACGUCGCUGAUUUUUUAAGCAAGCCCUGCUGUAAGCUGGAGAAGCUAAGUUUGUCAUACUGUUCAGUCACUGACCGCGGAUGUACUGCUUUGGCCUCGGCUCUCACACUGAACCCAUCACAUCUCAAAGAGCUGGAACUAACUGGGAACAAACUGGAGAACUCUGGAAAAGAAAGACUUUCAACUCUACAACAGCAUAAAGACUACAGACUGGAAAAAUUAAAGUUAUAGAAGACUCAUGCACUAACUCCUGCACAAAACUACAUGUCCUUCUGCCAUGAAUCAGUGGAAUGCGUAGUAUGAAAAAGAAAUGGAAGUGUGGAAGGUGAAUGAAUACUCACACACGGCAUGGUGGUCAACUCUGGUCUUUGUCUUUCAUUUGAGAAAAUACUAUGCAAUGCAUAUGAGUAUCUUCUGAGAUGUUGUUGUGAUAGCAUCAGUAACAUCUGUAUAAGUUUGUGUGUGUGGAAAGAUGUUGAACGUUCUGUCUGCAAUGGUGGAACCAACUGAAAGUAUUGUAACAAGUAAAUUAUGAAACACGCACAAAAAAAAAAAUGGUCUCAUUCUCUCCUCACAUAUCCUUCCCUGUGUCUGGAACAUGUUAAGAUGAACUACUAUUUUAUAAGUCAGGCUUUGUAUUUUCAUAUUGGAGCCAGUGUUUUACUGAAAGCUGCAACGUAUAGUACAAUAUACAUAACAGUCUAUCAGGUUAGCCUGGGCCCGCCCAUCCUAAGUGUUACGCAACACGGGGGGCUGUUGCGAACUUAGUCUGUCAAGGCAAGCUAUCUCCAGCUCUUCCAAGCUCCCGAAAAAUCGGGAGCCAAUCAACUUUGAGCAUCUCCAACGGCCCUGGGUAGAGGCGUGUUCAAGGCAGUGACGUAGUAGAACUGCGACCGGAAGCCAUAGAUUGUUUACAGAAUCUAUGCCGGAAGCGCUUCAUUCACUAGAAACAUUAUGAACAUGGAGCAGCGGCAAGCCUUUGACACAGCGGUAGAUGCUGUAUUGAAAGCAUUCAACGGGAAGUUCUCAUUGAAAACGGAGCAAAGAGCAGCCCUGGAGGUAUUUAUUGAAAGGAAGGACGUUUUCGCCUUGCUCCCGACCGGCUUCGGUAAGAGUUUAAUCUACCAGUUAGCCCUGCUGGUAGCCAAAUCAAUGAGGCUCAGCGAGAAUCCUAUCGUUGUGGUCGUCUCGCCUUUGAUCGCGCUAUUAUCAUCCACUUCCUCUUCAGCUCCUCCUUCUUCUUCCUGUUACUCAAGCAGUUUCCGUCGCAUCACAUAUGUCAGAGGAAGGAGUGAUGUGAUUGGUUUAAGCUUCAUCACAGCCUUUUCUGGCUUCGACCAGUAGCAAACUGAGGCAUUUCAGGGAGGCGGGUCAACCACGCCUUUGGGAAACGGUUGGGCUUAAUAUCUAUGCCAGACCAAUGCUCGCAGAGCUUUGAAGUUGCGUUAGCCAGACUAAUAUGAGGUAGCACAGAUUUCUCAAAGCAGAUAGAUACUGUGAAAACUCAACGCUGCAUUUAUUUGUCAUACACUACUUAAUAUGGCUAAUCAAAUUCUCUAAAUCCACCGCAGAAUCUUACAUCUUGGAAGAAGAAUAUCCCUAGUCACCAGUUUCAGUUUAAAACCAAGCAACCAAGAAAAAACAACCCAACAACAACAAAAAAAUUAAAUAAAUAAACAUGAUAUUACAAGACAUGUGGUGCUAUCUAGUUACAUGAUAUAUCUGCGGGCAUAUAUGGGGGGAAAAAGCAGUGGGCCAAGGAUGGAGCCUUGUAUCCAUAAAGAGAUUUGUUUUUAUCCGCAUGGAAUCUUUUAUCCAUAAAGAGAUUCACAAUUAAGGCGGCAGGGUGGUGUAGUGGUUAGCGCUGUCGCCUCACAGCAAGAAGGUCCUGGGUUCGAGCCCCGGGGCCGGCGAGGGCCUUUCUGUGUGGAGU